GAAAAAUCGAUACAAAUUAUCACGUGCUUGUUGUCAGCAGAUAAUACGCCGAUACAAUAGCUAAUUAAGCGAUUGUGACACUACGUUCAACGAGGACUUGCUCUAUCCUUCUAAAGGAUUAAAUACUAAGUACUAAAAUACGGCAGGAUGAAUGAGACUGUGUUGCCACCCUCGCCAAACUGGUAUCUGAGCAAUAUUCUUGCUUGCUCGAAACGUGGAACUCUGGCAUGGGGCGCCAAGAAUGUUAUGAUUAUUGCCAAACAUGAAAAGGGUCAUCCUGAUCUACAGUAUUCGAUAAUUAAGGAUUUUUGCAAAGACAGAGUAACAGCAUUGGCAUUUUGUCCUAAUCCUGACAACCCAGAAUUACUGAUUGUUGGCGGAGAUGAGGAUAAAGUCAAAAUUUUGAGUAUGGAUACAUUAGAAGUGAUUGUGCAAUUCUCUUUUAAAGAUAGCAAGUCAAUUGUAGGAGUUGACUGGUCGACCAAAGACAGCAAUAUUGCAUACGCGCUAAAUUCAGAAGGCUUCCUAAUGCGUUGUUACAUAUCGUAUGAGACAUCUAAAAUAAUAUCUCUAGGCAAGCUAACUGCUACUUGUUUGGCUUGCUGUCCCCAUGAUCCGUAUCUUGUGGCAGUAGGUACCAAAAGUGGAUUAAUUUAUAUUGUUCAAAAAGAAACAGUAACAUACAAACUGAGGGGACACAAUGAGGAAAUAGUCAGUUUAUCUUGGUGUCCUUCAGAUGUAAAUGUUUUGAGUGGAAAUAAUAAGAAAGAUUUACUCUUAGCUUCCGGUGCAAAAGACCGAAAUGUGUUCAUUUGGAGAGCUGGUGGAGAUGGUAGAUAUGAGACUACGAUAAAUAUACCAAAUAUGCCAUUCCCUAAUUCUUGUCACAAAGGCAAACUUGGCAGUUCGACUGGAACUUGGAUCGCAGUAUGUUGGGUGGAACCUAAAGUGCUUUUAACUUCUUCUCUGUGGGGUGAACUUCUCUCUUGGGAUCUUUCAACAAGCAAGAGCAAGCCCAACUUAUUCCAUACGUAUCACUGCAGAGGAUUAUUUUGCAUAGCUCCUAUGCCAAAAAACAAUGAAAAAUCUGAUAAUUGGAGGACAAAGUCUGAACUCGUGGUUUGGAGCUUAGCACAAGAUCGCUGGAUUAUAUGUUGUAAACAAAAUAGCGAUCCUUCCAAACCGGCGACUCUGGAAUACAAGAUUCCUACGCAAGGAGGAUUCGUCUAUUGCAUGGCAGCUUGUCCCAUCGAUACUUCGCGUAUUGUAUUUGGCGUUGGAGACGCAAUAUUGCGUUUGUGGAACUUGUCUGAGCCUCACACAAAGACUUUUGAUGUUUCUUCACAUUGGCAAAAGAUAAGAGGAAAGAUUAGAGCGGUAUCAUGGUUUCCUGAUGAUGAAUCCACGGUGGCUUUUGGUACUUCAGAGGGUCGCAUUGGUGUAUUUGACGCAGUUGGAACUAAUAAACCACCUAUAUUGUACAGGCAGUAUCAUAGAAAUACUGUUUACAAGCUUGAAUGGGCUAAACUUGAAUCGGAAUACUUUUUGUUCUCCUGUGCAGAAGGAGAAUUAGUAGCUCACAAGAAAUCUACGCCUAACAGCGAUCCCAUGUCCAUAAUCAUGGAAGGAUGCACGGAAUUUGCCUGGAAAUCCAAUUUGUGCUUAGCAAUCGCGAUAGAAAAUGGAUCAAUUAUGUUUUAUGAUCAAAAACUGAGGAAACGCAACAGCACAAUACACAUUUUAAGAUCUGUGGUGAAUUGCUUAGCAUGGCAUCCUAACAGUACUUCAACAGAUGAAUGGACAUCGUCAUAUGCCAACUACUUGGCAAUUGCCUUCGAUUCGAAUAUAAUAAUUUGUGAUAUGUCAGAACUGAUAAAAGAAAUAGAGAUGAAUCCCGAGAAUUGUAAUGAGGAAGAAGACAAUAAUGAAGAGUGCAAAUUGUACAAAAUGGUAGCAACGUUAAACGGACACAUCGAUAAAGUGGUGUGCCUUGCUUGGAGUCCGCACGUCAGCGGGUACUUGGUGUCUGGUAGUUACGACAAUGUCGCACAGGUUUGGGACGUUGAAAAGAAGGAGUUGAUAGGUACAUACAUAGGUCACGACGGACCUGUGUUAUGUUGUAUGUGGAGUCCCCUUAAACCGCAAUUGAUAAUGACAGGAUCGUCGGACUUUAUAUUACGCAUAUGGGAUUAUACUUCAGCAGAGCAGUCGCCCAAGCAAAUGUCCGAUAUCAAAUUGUUGAAAAAGAAGCAGAAGUCACAAAAGAAAAGCUCAAAAAACAAAAUGAACGGAGAGAAUAAUCCGGCAAUGUCAGAUAAUGAAUCUGUCACAUAUAUAAAGUAUGAACAAGCGCUAGGAAAGAAAAAGGAGAGACGUACAUAUUUUAACCAGUACAAUAAAAUGAUGAACGAGAAAUCCAGAGAAAGAAAUCAUAUUUUAAAUUUUAUCACAAACGAUAUAAGAGGUAAUCAACAAGAAGAAAAUAAUAUUACAAACCUAUCGAUGUUUUCUGAAAAAAAGAAUCUUAUGAAACUCGUUAACGAGGAAAAAUCAUCACAAACUAAUUUAAAUGCCAUUACGGAGAUGAACAUGUGGAGCGACAAUCUGGAAACCAAUCUGAUAUCCGCGGCUAAGGAUAAACAACUAAAUGAUUUUCUGGUAUCCCUCGCGCCUCAGGUUUCCAUGAAAAUGUGGAGGAAGAUGUGCGAAGCGUACGCGCACCAAUUAAUAAACCAAUGCAAUGUGGAGAAAGCAGUGUCGUAUUUACUUUGCAUACACAAAAUUUAUGAAGCCAUAGAUGUAUUUCUAAAUGCUAAUAUGCACAAGGAGGCUUAUGUGCUUGCGAGAUUCAGAUUAGAUUCCGAUGAUCCGUUUUUGAUAAAGAUAUUGGAAUCGUGGUCAGACUGGAGUGCUUCCAAUGGUCAACUGGAACAAGCAGCUCAUUGCCGCGUAGAAUUAAAACAGUUUGAUAAGGCGGCGAAAAUUCUUGCUCGUCGAAAAGACAUAUAUUGCUUGGAGGUAGCAUCCGAAUUAGCGUUUCUAAGCGGUGACGAGGGAUAUGGUUUGUCCUUAAUCAUGGAUGCGGUAACACGUUCUCUUAUCAAAUCGGAGUGGGCAAAAGCGCGUUCCCUCAUCACAAAUUUUCGACAGAUUCAGUAUUUGAAUGCGCAUAUUGAUGCUCAUGAAGCAAUUAUGAGCACGUAUAAAACACAAAAUAAGCUUGAUUUAAUGCGAAGUUGGUUCGAAAGGAAGGGACAACAUGGAGCAUUACAGAUUCUCCAAGUGAAAUAUGACACUUCUUAUUAUGCUAUUUUGUGCAAGAAUGAAAAUACCAACACUUUUCGGAAUGAAGCAAAGGAUAUAAUGAUGCAAUUGAAUGUUACCUAUCGGAUCGCUAUAGCGGCUACAUGCGACGCAAAACUGACUCAAUUGAAACAUAUAGCAGCGAUAUUAGGUGAUGUAUUCAAAUUCGAGACAAUGGCAGUCGAAUAUGGAACGGUGAAUACUGAAAGUCUCUUCAUUCAUAUUCUCACGAAAUUGGAUAUUAGGAAACCAACAGAUGAAGGCAGCAUUUACGCGAAAACCAAUUAUCCCAUAUCGCAAAGUAUACGUGCUUAUUUAUGUGUCGGUCUUUUGAAUUUGCUGCUGGAUUAUUCGAUUCUCAAUCAAUUAUCAUUGGAGGAAGAAACGCAAUUUACGCAAAUGAUAUUGGAGUUAUUGGACGAUGCUAUAAAUGAAACAACCUUGUCUUAUAAAGAAAAGAUUCCUAAACUUCGUCAACUGGGAAAUCAACUUUUGACUCUCCUGAUACAUGAUCGCGAAAGUGAAAAUUGUAAAAGAAUUAAGGACGAGAUUGAAAAACUGAAGUAUGAUGAAAUCAAGUUCAAAGAAGAACGAGUUUGCAUGCCGGAUCCCAAAAUCGUCUACGAUAAAGCUUAUUUACUUACCAACAAAUUAAAUGAUGAUAAUAAUAAACUCCUACUUUCACAAGCUUUAGAUAAGUUUGUCAAAGAAAAGUUAAUCAAAGAAAACGAGAUAAAGCCUUUGGAAUUAAAAAGAAAUCCGUCAGAAGUGCUUCAGAAUACAUCUCAAGAAAAUAUAGAAGAGAAUAUAUCGGAACAAAUAGAAUGUGAAGAUAUAGACAAGAAUAUAUCAGCAUAAGUGGAAUUUCAAAUAGAAUUAUAAAUUUAUUCUAUCAUAUUUAAUCAAUAGAAAUUUUUAUUCCAUUAGCUUGUAUAAAGGAGAAACAGUAGAAUACAUUAAUAGUUUUAUAUCACUAUAAGUGAUCAGGUGUAAUACAAAUUACUUUCAUAUCUUUUUUGCAUGUAAAUUUGAUUAUUAU